UUAUUCUUUCAAAUAUAUCUCUAAUAAUAUUUCGCUUUUUGGACGCAAUUUAUAAUUGAAUUUGAAUCGGAUUCUUGAUUCUCUCUCGCCGUCUCUCUCUAGCUAUCGCUGGCGUCGGAACUUCUCACUUGUAGCUGCCGAGAAGACUGAGAGGGGAUUUUGGUUUAGGGUUUUCCUCCCAAAGCUAUGGCUCCUAAUGAUCCCAAGCAAAACAGUGGCGGAUUCUUCGCCUCCAUCGCUUCCGGUCUCUCCAACAUCGGCAUCGCCAUGUCCAGAUCAGUGAACGGGUUAGUGGGUUACGAAGGGCUGGAAGUUAUCAACCCGGAAGGAGGAACUGAAGAUGCCGAGGAGGAAGCAAAGAGAGGGAGAUGGAAACAGGAGGAAAGGGACAGUUAUUGGAGGAUGAUGCAGAAAUAUAUAGGCUCUGAUGUCACAUCAAUGGUCACUCUUCCUGUAAUUAUCUUUGAGCCAAUGACCAUGGUUCAGAAGAUGGCCGAGUUGAUGGAGUACUCCCACCUGUUAGAUCUGGCAGAUGAAUGUGAUGAUCCCCACAUGCGUUUGGUAUAUGCUGCAUCAUUCUUCAUUUCUGUUUACUAUGCUUUCCAACGCACUUGGAAGCCAUUUAAUCCAAUUUUGGGGGAAACUUAUGAACUUACAAAUCAUGGAGGCAUUAGAUUCAUAUCAGAACAAGUCAGCCAUCACCCUCCCAUAAGUGCUGGGCAUGCCGAAAAUGAGCAUUUCACUUAUGAUAUAACUUCCAAGGUGAAGACUAAAUUUUUGGGGAACUCAAUUGAGAUCUAUCCUCUUGGAAGGACACGUGUGACCCUCAAGAGAGAUGGUGUGGUCCUUGAUUUGGUGCCUCCCCUGACAAAAGUUAGCAACUUAAUCUUCGGACGAACUUGGAUUGAUUCACCAGGGGAGAUGGUGCUGACUAACAUGACUACUGGGGACAAAGUCGUAUUGUACUUUCAACCUUGUGGAUGGUUUGGAACUGGCCGUUACGAAGUGGAUGGCUAUGUGUACAAUGCUGAUGAGGAACCCAAGAUAUUGAUGACUGGGAAAUGGAAUGAAGCCAUGAGUUAUCAACUCUGUGACCUGGAAGGAGAACCGCGUGCUGGUACUGAGCUACAGGAGGUGUGGCGAGUGGCAGAGGCUCCCAAAAAUGACAAAUAUCAGUACACAUAUUUUGCACACAAGAUGAACAGCUUCGACACUGCUCCCAAGAAGUUAUUGCCCUCAGAUUCCCGUCUACGCCCUGAUAGAUAUGCUCUUGAAAAGGGAGACCUAUCAAAAUCCGGUGCAGAGAAAAGCAGACUGGAGGAGAGACAACGAGCUGAGAAGAGGCUAAGAGAGGCUAAAGGAGAACAAUUCACUCCCAAAUGGUUUGAUCAAACCAAUGAAGUCCACCCGACUCCUUGGGGCGACUUGGAACUAUACCAGUACAAUGGCAAGUAUACAGAACACCGGGCUGCAAUAGACACCUCCUCGGAUACAGUCGAAGAAGUAACUGACAUCCAGUCCUUAGAAUUCAACCCAUGGCAGUACCCAAACGAGAGCCCUUAGGAAGUUAAGUUCUUAGACUGUGUAACAUAUAGUUGCUUUUAUCCGAGUGUUUGAUUUUUACUGAAGGUCAAUGGGAUUGAUUUGGGAGUACUGUUACAGAAUUAUUAUGUUGGGUCAUCAUAGGGUGAAGUUUUUGUUUGUCCAUCUCAGUUUCGUUGGUGUUCUCCCUUGUGAAGUAAUCCUAUAGCUUUCGUGUAAGUAUUUGUUGAAGUUGCCGCGAUACUUAGUGAUAGGAGUUUCUGGCACACUAUUUUGGUUUUUAAUUUUAACUAGUUUUUUGUCCUGCGCCAUGCCGCGGUAAAAACUUAGUUGAAAUCAAAUAAUUCAAAAAUUAUUAAGAUAAGAUACUUAUGUAAGUUUUACGUAAGAGAUACAUAAUUAAAAACUAUCCCUACAUAAGAUCUACAUUGAAAAAAGAAAA